AGCUCCACUACCAUGUGUAGAUGGACAGUGACACAAGGUGCACCGGUCGCCUGGUUCUCCUCCUUCCCCUGCAGCAGACCUCCUUCGCUCUUCCUCUCCAUCACUUUCCUCCUCCUGCUCCUCCUGCUGGGACCCUCCUCGCUCGCUGCUGCGCCGUCCAAAGACUCUGAGAAGAACCAUGCGCCAGGAGGAACUUCUCACCUUUUCAUCUCAGCAUCCUCAUCAUCCUCGGCGAGGUUGCCACGAGCAACCAACGAGACGUCGUCGUCGUCCGCAAUGGUCGUUGGGCGUCAUGUGCGAAGCAGCUACAAACAUCUACAGGGAGACGUGCGCAGGAGGAAGCUGUUCUCCUAUCAGAAAUUCUUCCUUCGCAUCGGUGAAGACGGAAACGUUAAUGGCACCAAGAACAGGGAUGAUCCAUACAGUAUUUUUGAGAUCAAAUCAGUGGAUGUGGGAGUGGUGGCCAUCAGGGGCCUCAUCAGCAAUCACUACCUGGCAAUCAAGAAGAACGGCGUUCUGUACGGAGCGAGAGAAUUUGGUCCUGAUUGUCGUCUGAUCGAACGCAUCGAGGAGAACAAAUACAACACGUACGCUUCAGCUGAAUGGAAGACCAAAACUGACAGGCGCAUGUUUGUGGGACUGAACGCCAAGGGAAAGCCGAUGAAGGGAAAAAGGACACGGAGGAAAAACACAGCCACUCACUUCCUGCCCUUGGAUCAGUGAUGGGACGUAUCAGCCAGGAGAUUUCUGCACUUGCAGGGUCUUUCUUUGGAGUUACAGUGAUGGCUCCAUGGGACAGAUCUGAAACUGAUCUGUAUGAUGCACUGAGGAGGCAAAGAAACAAAAUCUAUAGACAUUUAAUUAUGUUUGAAAUAAGACAUUUCUAUUUUAAAGAAAAAAUAUAUCAGUAUACAAUGUAUAUACUAUUUUCUGUUCUAAGUUAUAAAGUACACUGGCACAGGAAACAUGAAAGAGAAACAACUUCUGUGCCAAAAUGUGAUUUAUUAACUCAUAUUUCUAGAUUUUUGAAAUGCGUAAGUGAGGGGAGCUACAGCAAAAAGACUAAAGAUUAUGAAGGUUGUCAAAAUGUUAUUAAAAGAGGUGAAAAGCAAGAGAAAGAACAGAAAAAGCAGUGAAAAUAUCAAAAAGAUCAAAAAGCACCAACACAAAUUCAACACUAUCAUGUUUUUCUCCAGAUUUAUUUAUUUUAUGUAAUAUUUAAUAGAGAAA